AUGCGCCUUCUGCAGCCUCUAGCGUUUCUGAGCCUGCUCUCGGCCCUUGUCACACAGGGCGUGGACUGCGAGCCGGUGCUGGCGACCGUCUACUACGAGGCCAAGUGCCCCUACUCUCGCGACUUCGUGGUCCAGCAGCUGCUGCCCGCCGUCCUGAGGGACCCGGAGCUGGUGCGGCCGGUGCUCGUGCCUUUCGGGAAGGCAAACGUAACUGCGACCCCGGAGGGCUACGACUUCACGUGCCAGCACGGACCAACCGAGUGCCUGGGGAACCGGCUGCACGCCUGCGGCAUCGCCCUGGCCUCCAGCCGCACGCUGCAGGUGUCGUACGCCGCCUGCCUCAUCAGUAACUACACCGACGUCCAGGCCGCCGCCCAAGAGUGUGCUGACGAGUUGGGCCUGCCGUUCUCAACCAUUUCCGAGUGCGCAAACGGUACAGCUGGUAGCGAACUGAUGAGGGCGUAUGGGAACACCACGAAAGACCUGAGUCCUCCGCUGACAAGUGUCCCGACAGUCACACUGAACGGGAACAGAGGCAACCAGACGGCCAUCUUGUAUGACUUCUGGGAAGAAGUUGUUAAGCUCUCCGAAGAAACGGAAGGGAGGAGUGGCUCCAGCCGCAGUGGAGGGCGGUCGGUGGGCUCGAUGCCUCUGCUGCUGCUGCUGCUGCUGCCAUUCUGGGGCCUGCUGGUGCGGUACGAGAAGUAG